GUUUACAAUGCGUUUCAUCGGAUUAUAUUUCUUGAUGUUUGAAUAAAGUUUUUCGAAAUAAAACGAACAUGGCCGCUUCCGUAGUACGCUGCUUUUAGUGACUUAAAAACAAAGUCCCUUUAGGCUUUGCUUAUAAAAUACAUAAUAGAUGUGACGCAUUAGAGGUCUGCCCCGUCUGAAGUGAGGAUGAGUCGCUCCACCAGCCUCCUGCAGCAGAUGACUAUAUUCAUGACCGUAGUGACCGGCGGCGGCUGCGCAAUGAUGUAUUACCUCAUGCAGAAAAAUUUUGCAAAAGCAGAGUAUUACCGUCUGGCCCUUGAACAGCUGAAGAAUAACUCCACAGCCAUGGCCAGUCUGGGCGCUCCUCCGCUAAAGAUACACAACAUCCAUUUAACUGACCGACACAACCGUAUUGACCACAGCAGCGCUCAGCUCAAGAUCCCAGUUACCGGGUCAAAGACUGGAGGUUAUCUCUACACAGCUUCCACCAGAGACGCACUCUUGAACAGAUGGGACCUCCAGCAAGUGUUUCUGACGCUGAGGGAAGGUGAGACCAUCAAGAUUUUCAGCAAGACAGAAUAUGAAGAGUAACUUCACACAGACAAUAAACGCCAGUGGAGCAUUGUAUGAUUUUGUAGUAAAAGAUGAUUGACAGCCUGUUUUUGUUUUUAAUCAAUGUGAUACUUGCAUUUACAUAUAUUAGUCUAAUUUAAAUGUUAAUAUAUCUUUGUUUGGGAUGUAUGGAAGCUGGGUUGUUGUACAACCUGUUUCAUGUGCUUCAUGUGCUUCAUUAAAGAGAGAUGAAAUAUCCGUAGUGUUUAAAACAAUUCUGACAAUAUGAAUAAGUCAAAACAAUAAUAACCUAAUUCUGUUUAACUUUCCAAAUGUGUGCAAAACCUGAAAAUCAGAUUAUUAUAAUUCAAUUCAGUUCGUAAAACCAACACUGGGAUCUAAGGAUCGUCUAGUACUAUUGUAGUUACUUAACUGUUCCAGUAAGUGUCAGUAAAAUAUCAUUAUUCAGUAACCCUAGACAUUUGUAUUACUUGUUUCUCAAAAAACAAACAAUGGUUUAAUUUUGUGAGGAAUAUCAAAAGAUGCAGCCUAUACCGAAAACUAGUGCAUUUUGUCAAAGUACCAUACGUCAUGCUAAGUUAGACUAGUCAAGUUUUGUUAGUUUUUUAACCUUUCUCUUAAAUGUUGUUUGUUUGCUGGAAUUAAAACUGCAUGAAGAUUUUGCUUAAAGUAUGAACAUGAAAGAUU